CAAAGGGAGGAAGCUGCUGCUAGAUCUGACAACGGGAGGUCAGAGGAGCUGCCACGUGGCAUCUGCAGGGUAGAGCCUGCAAGAAAGUGGACAAUGACGAGCGCUGCUAACCGGGUGAGGGAUGCGAUCGAGGCAUUGAUUGCUGACGUGGACAGGUCGGUGAUGCGUCCACAGCAGAAGCAAGCUUACAAAUGUUGCUAUGAUUGCUGCGACAACGACAAGUUGACAGGCGAUCAGCUUCAGCAGUGCAUUCAGAACUGCACGAUCACAGUCCAAACAACGGAAGAGAUUGUGAACAGAGAGCUGUCUCAAUUUCAGGAGCGCUUGCAGCGAUGUGCAAAUCUAUGUCAGGAAAGGGCUAGAGACGAGAUGCCCAUUGGGGAUUCUGUCAGCAGUGGUGUCCGGGCAAAACUCCAGGAAUCAAUGGACUCUUGUAUUGACAAGUGUGCAGAGGAACAAUUGAGAGUUCUUCCAAAGGUGAUGGAGAGAAUAAAGUAUUACGCAACUCAUCAAUCAAGGCGCUGAAUCAUUUACCGCAGUUCAAUUCCACCUUUUAAAUUGUCUCACUGAUUGGUUGCUUUGCUGACCCUCUCCCAACCCCUCUACCCCUCUACCCUCCUCCCCAUACCGACCUACCCACCUACACACCUACACACCUACCCACCUACCCACUUACCCACUUACCCCCCUAUCUAUCUACCCACCACAUACCCCCCUAACUAUCUACCCACCUACCUAUCUAACCCCCCUACGCACCUACCCAUCUACCCACCUACCCACCUACCCACCUACACCGUACCUCCUUACCCACCUCCCCACCUUCCUACCUCCCCACCUACCUCCCUACCCACCUCUCUAUUACCUGCAUACGAAUCUGCUUCUGACUUUGAUGAGCAAGUAGAUCGACGUGCGUUUUACACUAGCGAGUUUGUGGGUUUACUGUCUGUUUGAUUGUACCUCUCUGUGCUCUUAGUUGUGAUUUGUGAUUUCUGCUGAGCUAGAGGAAGAGGAAGUGGUUAGGGAAAAAGUUACUGGAGGGGAAGUUUCCCCCAGUAAGGUACUGCAGUGGUAUUUACUACAGUUGCCUUACAUCUC